GCAGUCGCGAGCCACAAACACGUACGCGAAUCCGUCGGGCUCUUCGACGUCAGCCAUAUGGUCCAGUCCGUCAUCCGCGGCCCGACUGCGACCGAGUUCCUCGAGUGGAUCACGCCGUCCGACCUCCAGUCGCUCCCCGCGUACUCGUCCACGCUCUCCGUCCUCCUCAACGAGAACGGCGGGAUCAUCGACGAUUUGAUGAUCACCAAGCACGCCCCGGACGCGUUUUAUGUCGUCACGAAUGCUGGUCGGCGCGAACGGGAUAUUGCGUGGUUCCAGACCGCGAUCAAGGAGUGGAAUGCGAAGCACGACCCUGUAGAGCUCGAGAUACUCGCGGACUGGGGCCUGCUCGCUCUGCAAGGACCGGAGGCGGCCAACUACUUACAGGGACUUACCUCCUUUGACCUGCGCGAGCUGACGUUCGGCAAGUGCGCGUGGAUCCCCAUCGAGGGGUUCAACCUGCAUGUCGCCCGCGGCGGGUAUACCGGUGAAGACGGCUUCGAGAUUUCCAUCUCGCCAUCGGAAACAGUCGAGGUAGCACAGCUGCUUUCAAAGUCCCCCGUGCAGCUCACCGGGCUCGGCGCGCGACAGCCUGCGUUUCGAGGCUGGCAUGUGCCUCUACGGGCACGACCUUGACGAGAAGACGACGCCGGUCGAGGCGAGCCUAAAUUGGGUUAUCGGCAAAAGAAGGCGGGAGAACCCUACCUUCCACAGCCAUGAGAACGUCAUGAAGCAGCUCAAGGAGGGACCCCCGCGCAGGCGUGUCGGGAUGAUCGUCGAGGGUCCGCCCGCGCGAGAGGGCGCGAAGAUCCUCGAUCCAGAGAGUAAGGAGCAGAUCGUGAGAAUCGACAAAUGUGGAGGCAUGUGA